AUGUCUAGAAAGAGAAAGACUCCGCCCGAGUUUACUGAGUCGCCUUCCCCGCCUUUCACACACAGGAUCAUUGUCGGGGUUGACUACGGCACAACCUACACGGGAGUCGGAUACGCCAGCACCAAAGACAGUGGUAUUAGCGAUGUCAUUAUGAUAAGUACCUGGCCUGGCCCUACGAGAGAUAGCGAGACGGUGUUUAAAACCCCAUCUCGUAUUGCUUAUGAUGCAGAAAAUCCUCGGGUUAGGGGCCAGCGAUGGGGCUACCAGGUCGAGCCGGGCAUGACUGCCUACUCCUGGACCAAACUUUUCCUGGAUAAAAAUACACCUCUCACCGAGUACGAUGAUGCAGCUCUGAACAAGGCCUCCGGGGUGGGAAUGUUGAUGCUACCCGAGGGAAGGACCGCUGUGGAUGUCGUGGCAGACUACCUGGCCGAGAUCUACAAGCACCUAAUAAAGACGAUCGCAAAGACGAUAUCCGAGGAAGCGCUAAGCGCUACGCCUAUUGAGUUCUGGUUCACUGUUCCCGCUAUUUGGUCAGACGAAGCCCAGGCUGCCACUCGUGAGGCUGCCGAGCGUGCUUCAAUCGUUGACCGUCCCUCGCAGCCCGGGGAUGAUGAUAUCACAACCUAUUUGGUCAACGAAAUCGAGCCCGUGCUGGAAUUUGAAGAGCUCUGUACAGGAACUGGUGGCAAAUGUGGCUCGAUUGCAAUCGAUCGCGAGUUUUACCGAUUGAUGCCUAAGCGGUUUGGCGAUGCGUUCGAUCUUCUCCCAAUGAAACGCAAGGGACCUGGCAGCGAUUUCAUGAAGAAGUUCGAGAUCAUCAAACGGGACUUUGGAUAUUCUGAUGACAACACCCUCUUUCGAACUUCCCCUCAAUAUGAAGUUACCGACCAGAUCCUCAGUCUUGUUCGUCAGCAGAUCACCGAUGCACAGACGGAGACUGGAAGUCAAAUCAUCACUCGAAUAAUUUUGGUUGGUGGUUUCGGCGACUCUGAGUAUUUGCGAAAGGCUUUCCGGGACACGUUUGAGUUACAGGAAAAGAUCAUGAUAACAGUUCCCGACAACCCACAGGCAGCUAUCGUUCAAGGGGCUGUGCUGCGUGGUCUUGAAGUCACCCGUUUCGAACCCAGCAUCGAUAACGAGUCGGUUUCCUUCCAUCACUUCUUUACUGGGGAGAAGUCAGUUAAUAUUAUGCGUUGGAUUAUUGCCAAGGGUGAUAAAUAUUCAGAAGCGCAUACCUGCACUGUCGACAUGGUCUGUUACCCCGAAGACGGUCAGUCAAGAAUGACCCUCUACUCGUGCGACCUACCGCAUGCCCCUGAACGAUUUAAUUCGCAAGAUGAGAGGGGAAAGAUUUCUCACCAGGCAGCAUGCCGCCUUCAAUAUGAGAUCACUUGUCGUGACGAGAUUGUUGGACAGGCGAUUAUCGACUUUCGCAGUCAUGAGGCCCAGUGA